UGCUGGGCGUCAGUGUUGUCACUUGUCAGUGUCAGGCGAGAAGCAGGGCAGCCAACACAGCUAGCAAAAUGUUGAUCGAAUUGGCAACGGCAGUGGCGGCUAUCGUAGGGGCGAUGUACUUAUAUCUCUCGAGAAACAACGACUACUGGAAGAAGAAAAACGUAGUCUAUAUCAAGCCAAGUUCCACUUAUAAAUUAAUCUUGAGCCAGAUUCUAGGCAAAGUUGACACAAGUACGGUGAUGCAGCAAUGGUACACUGAGUACAAGGAGCAAAAUUUGCGGUAUGUUGGAUCAAUUUCGGUCUCUGAGCGGAAUCUAAUAUUGAUAGACUUGGACCUUUGCAAGAACGUUCUGACCAAGGACUUCCAACACUUCAUGGCGCGAGAUCUCUCCCCCACCACUCACGAGUACAUAUCGAAGCAUCUGUUCUCACUCGAGGGCCAAGAGUGGAAGGACAUGAGAAUCAAACUGACUCCAACAUUCACCUCCGGGAAGAUGAAGAACAUGUUCCUACUGAUGCGGAGAUGUGCGGAUCAACUCAGGGACCACAUUGACAAAGUUGUUCUGCAGAAAGGAGAGUUCGAGGUGAAGGACCUGAUCGCCAGGUUCACCACAGACAUCAUCGCCACUUGUGCGUUCGGACUGGAGGUCAACUCUAUUGAGAAUAGGGAAACCGAAUUCUAUAAAGUGGGCCUACGGAUGUUUGCACCAAAGUUGAUAAUGAUUCUUAAACUUCUAAUGCACAGAUGUUUGCCAGGAAUUGCUAAGUUUUUAAAAUUGAAUAUUACGGAUCCUAGUGACACAGAUUUUCUGUCAAGAAUAGUAAAGGAUACUGUAGAAUAUCGGAUGAAAAACAAUGUUGUUAGGAACGACUUUGUGGAUCUACUAAUGCAGGUUAAAGACAAAAACCCUCAGGAGCCUUAUGACAACACUGAUAACACAGAAAUCACUGGCAGAUCGAAUUUAGGUGCUGUAAACCAAGAACAUCAUGGCGCAAAAGAACAACUUACUCUGGAACAAAUGACCGCUCAAGCGUUCGUGUUCAUCCUGGCAGGGUUCGAGACAGCGGCCUCUACCACCAGCUUCUGUCUGUACGAGCUGGCCAAAAGUCCGACAGUACAGGAGCGACUGCGGCAAGAGAUAGACGAGGUGUUGGCCAACUACGACAACAAGAUAACCUACCAGGCGCUACAGGACAUGACUUACAUGGACCAGGUUAUCAACGAAACUUUGCGGCGAUACGCUUCCCUUCCAUUUCUCACGAGGGUCUGCACGGACAGUUACCAGUUUCCAGACACCGAUCUGAUUAUAGACAAAGGAGUACGAAUAAUAAUCCCCACAUACGCCAUCCACCAUGAUCCUGACAUCUAUCCGGACCCGUACAAGUUUGACCCUGAUCGUUUCUCCGAGGUCAACUUUAAAGGAAGACACCAGUACGCUUUCCUGCCUUUCGGUGAAGGUCCCAGGAACUGCAUAGGCAUGAGGUUUGGCAGGCUCCAGGUGAAGAUGGGUCUGGUCGCCAUCUUGUCCAAGUACCGGUUAUCUCCAGCUCCAGACACUCCAUCCAGACUGCAACUCAACCCUUUUAGUGUAUUCACAACCCCUAAACAACCAUUUAGUCUGAAGAUCAUCAACAGGGAUGAAUGUUUGCCUUGAUAUCAGUAAAAUCUACUUUACUUGAUAUAAAUGCUAUCUAAUAUUAAUAUAUUAAUCGUGUGCUAUCUGAUUCCCCUGUAACUAUUUGUAUUGUUUCUUUUGUGCAUAAAAUAUAAAAAUGCUAAUAUUGUA